CCGCUAUAUGUAUAUAUAUUCAAUGACAAAGAAAACACUCCAAACUUUCUAACCCUAUUUUCAGCAAAAGCCAUUGAUACAUUUCUAGUACAAAGGCUAGAAAAAAAUUCAGUAACCAUAUGAUGGAAGUAGAAACUUUGAUGAGCAUUAAUAAAGUGACAAGCAACAAGAGAGAUGAAGAAGAAGAAGAUGAGGUGGCGUCACUUCCAGGGUUCCGUUUUCACCCAACAGAUGAAGAACUCGUAGGGUUUUAUCUUAGAAGGAAAGUCGAGAAGAAGCCGAUGAGCAUUGACCUUAUCAAGCAGGUUGAUAUCUACAAAUAUGAUCCUUGGGAUCUUCCAAAAUCAACAAAUUUAGGUGAGAAAGACAAAGAGUGGUACUUCUUCUGCAAAAGGGGAAGAAAAUACAAAAACAGUGUGAGGCCCAAUAGAGUAACGGGCUCGGGCUUCUGGAAGGCGACUGGCAUAGACCGGCCCAUACAUUCGGGCCGCCACUGCAUAGGCCUCAAGAAGUCUCUCGUUUACUAUCGUGGAAGCGCCGGAAAAGGCACUAAGACUGAGUGGAUGAUGCACGAGUUUCGGCUGCCGGCCAAGCACGUGGACCCCACGCCCAAUAAUCCUCAAGAAGCUGAAGUUUGGACCUUAUGCCGGAUACUAAAGCGCAACACGCCCUAUAGAAAAUAUGUGCCGGAUUUGAGGCUUGCCGUGAAGAAAAUUAACAACAUAAAUAAUAAACUAUUAGUCGAUGCAAGUUCAGAAACAUGCAAAAAUAUGGAGUCGAAUGAGGAAAACGGAAAAGGCAGCUAUAUUAGCUUCAGUGCACCACCAUUAACAACUGUUAAGCAAAAUAUGGAUCACAGCCAGAAAAACCUUUAUUCCGGCCAUAUUGUUGAUAAAGCUGAUCAAAAUGAAUUUUCGGGCCAAUUUUUAAGCUCGGCAUAUCAAGCUCCACCGGCUGCUUCAUCUUUUUCAAACUGUGAUAUUUAUAGUGAGAUUGAUGAGAUGCUAAGUCAUGCAGAAUGGGAGGAUCUUGAGUACGUGGUCAACUGUCCUGGCUAUGGUCUUGCUAAUUCAAUGUGCUUUUCAUGAAUAAAUAAAUGUGUAUGUUUUCUGUUUUUUCAGUUGGUUUGAGAAUGGAAAAAUAAUAAUGUUAUGCAUUACAUGUAAAACUGAUGUGUACACUAUGGAUUGCAUGAUAAUGAAUUUCGGACCAUUCUCAAUAUGCAAAAUUUUCGACCAUCUUUAAAUAUUUACAUGGACAAUGUCGUAAUAUAUUAGAUGUGCAAUUGCG